AUGUUAUUUAUAAUACUUUUUGUGAAUUAAGUUCUCAAUUUGUAAAUAGGAAAAGUAACUUUCGAUGUUCUGUUUCCUCAUGACAAGAGAUUGGCUUUUGUUUAGUUUGACUAAAAAUUCGAAUCAAUUCCAUAAGUCGGCAUAUCCUUGAUAGCAUUACAUGUUAACAACGAGGUCCCAAGAACUAUAGGGAUUGAACCUAAACUACUAUAAAUCACUCAAUAAGGAUUUUAAUUCUAGAUAACGAAUCAUAAAUCAAAAAUUGAUCAUCUCGAAUAUUAGUGGUUUGCAGUGAUUGACGAUAGAUUUAAAGUAAAUUGUGAGACCAUCCAAAAAAGCACAACAAUCAAUUUUGGAAGAGAAUUUUGGGUGACUCCAACUGUGUAAAUAUUUUUGGCUGGAUUUCAAAAAGAAUCAUAAAAAGGAGAUUUGAAGUUUUAAUUAUCAAUAACCAGAUAAUAAGCUAGUAGUUUUGAUGUUACAUUGAAUAAUUAAUCUGAACAUUUUUUAAAGGACUUACUUAUUUGUUAUAUAGCAGGACCAUAAAAUGUUGUCAAGUCAAAAUCGUUAAUCAAUAUCAACUAAAAGACCGAUGAGUUUGUAGAUCUGGAAGGGACUCCUGAAAACUUGAUUUAUGGAGUAAGCAAGAUCUCUAACUUUUAUGGAGCUUUGAUGAUUCAAUUGGGAAAGUUUGAAUACGAGUAAGAAAAACCAGGAGUAGGGAUAAGUCAGAUUGAUAUGACUUUGGGAUUGAUAUAAAAUGAUGGAAUGUUGUGUCCAUUGGGGUAUUAUGAGUGUAAUUUCAAUGGAGUAUCAAUUGAUUUGUGUGAGAGUACGAGUGGUUCUCAGUCUUGGAAGAGAAUUAAAUCCAUAAAGAGUAGAAAAGGAUGGAAUGGGAAAUUCAAAAUUGAUGGAAAGACUUUAAAGACUCAAGAUGCAAAUUGCAUAUAAGAUAUUCAAUUAUAUUUGGAAGAGUGA